CGGUGUCAGCCUGCGCGCUUGCACCGAAAAGUGCUCGUGGCUCCGCUGCUUCUUCCUGGUGUCCUUGGCGAGGGAGUUUAGAGGCCACUUUUGUGGGGAAGGGAAACAUAUGCGUCUGGCUACUCUCAGGUACCUGCGUGGAUCCUCCUAGCAGGGUGCUGUGCUGGUCCCUGGGACGACAUCAUACUGGCCCUGACUUGGAGAGUCCCGCGUGCUGAGCUGACUCCGGACUGCCUUUUCCGUGUCCCCGAAACCAGAGACAUGACCUGACACCCUGAAUACCACUCUCUGGGCCUUUGGGUGACUGGCCAGUGCACCAUGGAACUUAAAGUAUGGGUGGAUGGAGUCCAGAGGAUCGUUUGUGGGGUUACGGAAGUCACCACUUGCCAAGAGGUUGUAAUAGCCUUGGCUCAAGCUAUAGGUCGAACUGGAAGGUACACCCUUAUAGAAAAAUGGAGAGAUACUGAAAGGCACUUAGCACCUCAUGAAAAUCCUAUCAUCUCCUUAAACAAAUGGGGGCAGUAUGCUAGCGACGUACAGCUCAUUCUGCGUCGGACAGGGCCAUCUCUCAGUGAGCGGCCCACUUCAGAUAGUGUGGCUCGGAUUCCUGAAAGAACUUUAUACAGGCAGAGUCUGCCCCCGUUAGCCAAACUGAGACCUCAGGUAGACAAGUCAAUCAAAAGGAGAGAACCUAAGCGGAAAUCAUUGACCUUCACGGGAGGUGCCAAAGGAUUAAUGGACAUUUUUGGAAAAGGCAAAGAAACUGAAUUUAAGCAGAAGAUGCUGAAUAACUGCAAAACCACAGCGGAUGAGUUGAAGAAACUGAUCCGUCUACAGACGGAGAAGCUUCAAGCCAUUGAGAAGCAGCUGGAAUCUAAUGAAAUAGAAAUACAGUUUUGGGAACAAAAAUACAAUUCUAAUCUUGAAGAAGAAAUCGUCCGCCUGGAGCAAAAGAUCAAAAGAAAUGAUGUAGAAAUUGAGGAGGAAGAAUUUUGGGAAAAUGAAUUGCAGAUUGAGCAGGAAAAUGAAAAGCAGCUGAAGGAUCAACUUCAAGAAAUAAGACAAAAAAUCACAGAAUGCGAAAGCAAAUUAAAGGACUAUCUGACCCAAAUCCAGACCAUGGAAAGCGGCCUGGAAGCAGAAAAGCUGCAGCGGGAAGUUCAGGAGGCGCAAGUCAACGAGGAGGAGGUGAAGGGCAAGAUCGGGAAGGUCAGAGGGGAGAUAGACAUUCAAGGCCAGCAGAGCCUGAGGCUGGAAAACGGAAUCAAAGCUGUGGAAAGGUCGCUCGGACAGGCCACCAAGCGGUUACAGGAUAAAGAGCAAGAGCUGGAGCAGCUGACCAAAGAGCUGCGGCAAGUCAAUCUCCAGCAGUUCAUCCAGCAGACGGGAACUAAAGUCACCGUCCUGCCGGCAGAGCCCAUUGAAAUAGAGGCCUCCCAGGCAGACAUAGAAAGGGAGGCACCAUUCCACUCGGGGUCCCUGAAGCGACCUGGUUCAUCUCGGCAGCUCCCCAGUAAUCUUCGUAUUCUGCAGAACCCUAUCUCAUCUGGUUUUAAUCCUGAAGGCAUAUAUGUAUAACAUUGUCUGUCUUUCGGGGAGAGAGCCAAUAAAGGUACCAAGGACAACAACGUUCUUUCUUCAAUUUGUGCCAAUGACGAACAGAGGAUGUUUCACAAGCCACUGUAUCUUUUUUUUCCCCUAAACUGCAUACCACGUGGAGCCAUACCCUGUGCACUGAUGCUAAAGAACAAAGAAACUGUGUUUUCACACAUCAACAGUAUUGACAGUUUUGUCCAGCAGCUGUAAUGCAAAGCCUUCAUUUUUAUUUCUAGCAUUUUGAGUUCAUUAGGAAAGUAUUAUACUAUAUUUGUACAUAAAUAAACCAUGAACUAAGAGUACAGAGAAUUAUGUGACUGGCUUAGUUUAAUUUAUUCCAUGUAAUUGAUGAAUGUAUGAAUGUUGAUGUUUAAGUAAUUUUGUUAAGACUUAUCCUGUGACUUACUGUUACAUAUUGUGGAUAUCUCUGUGUGCACGUUGCCAGACUUCACCCGUGCAUUGCUAAUUUAUUCUGCAGAAGUGUGGGGAGCUCCACCACCCACACUAACUGUAGAAGAACCCACUGCGUUUCAUUGAUGAACCUGUCGUAGCCAUUGCUUACUUAGGCAAAGUAAUUGAGAUUUCUUUUUAAUCUUUCUUAACAGCAUUUUCAAAUACAUAGGUGACCAUGUAACAUAACAGAAAUAUAUUUCAUGAGUUAAAAGUGUUCAUAUAAAAGGUUUGCAAUCUUUCAUAUACUGUUGUACAAAACUGUGUAUUGGAUAUCUAUCCAAAUGGACAUGGGGUUUCCUGGUACAUUGUGUGAUUUGUUUGAGCUAUGCCUUAUCAUUUAUUGCCAUGGAUUCUCAGAGUUAAUGUGACGCAUAACUUAUAGAUAUCUAAGGAACAGAUUGGUAUACUUUGGGAUGCCAAUGAUCUACCAGAUGCUAAAUUUUUAAAAAAUUUUUGCUAGUACUUAUUUGCAGUACACAAUGAUUGCAUUCAUCUUGGGGGCUAUAUUUCAAAUAACCCAUUUAAUAAGUAUGGUCUGUUGUAUACACACCCACGAAUAAAUUAUUCUUUGUACAUAAUUUAUGUGCUUUCUCCAGUCACUUAGAAGGAAAAAAGAUUGGAGUUAGGUACAUUUUACUGAGGAAAUAAAAUUAAAUUCAGAGUAUGUUUUCUUUUUUAGGUUUGACUUUUAUAGGAUAUUAAUCUCCUUUUGUACAUAUAUUGUUUUAUUUAUAAAAGCAGAAUGAGUCAGCACCUGUCCCAUGAGUGGUGGCUUAACGAAGAUUCACCACUGAUGUUCAGACAGAUACUGUCUGACACCUCAUAGCCAUUUUUACAUUCCCUCUGAACAAAUUUGGUACAAUGUAAUUAACAUUUUGACCUGAAAUGUAAGGUAGUUUGUCCUUCUGAAGAAAAUAUAUUCUCUGUAUUACUUAUAUGCAACAAAAUAAAAGUGGAUUAAUAUAGUAAUGCCAUGGUAACGAUAAAGAAAUGUCUUAUGCAUGAAGGCAACUUUGGAUGUUUCAGCACAUUUGACUUAUUUUUGGUUUAAUGAAUGCCAGGAAUGCUGCUUUGUUUAGGUUACCUAUGAGAAACUUUAAGAAUGGCUAUGAAAAUAUGUAGAAGCUUCUAGAGAACUGAAAGCAAUGCAGUUUGCCUUUUGUAGUUCAGGUGAACAAUAGACCUCAACUGAAAAUAUUUUCUUUGGGUUCCUGGAGUUAUCAAAUUGAUCUUGCCACUACUUUCUAGAUAACUUGAGAAAUAUUAAAUGAUUCUUUACCUGUGUAAUCACAACCUGUAUACAUUUGCUCUCAAUUUAUAAUAGUCAUUUCAUAUCUACAUGUAUUUAAAAUUAGGAUAUUUAAAAACCAAAAUAAUUUGUAGCCUUUGUGAUAAUAAUGAUUUAUGUAUGUCCAAUAUAUGCCUUAUUUUUAAGGAGUCCUACCCUAUAUUGAGUCAUUUUGUUGUUGUUCAGAGAAAUUAAGACCUUAUUCACAAAGAAAAACAUUUUAUAAAUUCAUUGUAUUCUAUUUAAGUGAAAAUGCAGAACUGUAGUUAUGUUAAACUUUGUAAUUAAUUGCAAAGAUGCCUUGGUAUACCAUGAAAAACAGCAUCAAUAUCUAACUUACUUGUUGUAACUUAUCUUCAGAAUUUACAUAGUAGCUAAAGAAGACCAGGUACCAUUCCAUCAACUUGUAGUCGUUGAGAUUCUCCAGCAGUCUCACAGUUCACCUGUCUGACAACUUGACAGAAUUUUCAAGCUGCCAAAUAAUCUUCAUGGACCUAAUUAGCUAUAGCAAAGCUGUUUCCUCGAAGGGAAGAGUGUGUCAAUGUGAAUUAAUGAACACACUAAGCAGCUGUACUUUUUAAUCAGUUACAUUACUUUUGGAAGCACAUACCUAAAGAAGAUUUUUUAAAUCCGUUUUUAAAAUAGAAAAAUUCAUUUCCAUAGGAGCAUCUUAAAAUGUUUUAGUCUCUUUGUGAUCAUUUUUACUUAUUGUGAAUACAUAUAAGUUGGAUUAAGUGCCACAUCUUUGGAUACAUUUUGGAGGGGGGAGCAGGCAAUGCUAUACAAAAAUACCAAGUAAAAAGUUUUACAGGGGGGGCAUAUUCACCUUCUAAUAAUAAAUUACAAAUUUCUGUGUUUUUUAGUGACACGGCAAUUUUCUACAAUAUUAUAUAUGCCAAAAAUAGUUCCUGUUUUUGUUUUUUACCAAGGAACAAUCUCAAAUAACAGUCUUUUUGACCUUUUGAGUAUCAUUGUCCUCAAAGAUGGCUUACCUGGGUUUUUUUUUUUUUUCUUUAUAAGCUAUGUUGGGUUGUUUGCAUUUCUUUUUUAUCUUAAAGCACAGAAUGUUUUAUAUGUGAGGCUUCCGUUUUAUAAGUAGAAGUUAUCCUCUUAAUUCCCAAUCAUCAAUGAGCAAAUCAUCAAUUCCUGUAGUUGAAAUUAGUCAUAAACAAGCUAAAAUAACAUGGAUGAAGUGAUAUAUAUAUAUAUAUAUAUAUAUACUCUAAAGUACAUAAUAGAAUUUAUGGUAUGGUUAUGUGACAUAUAAGAUGAAUAAAUGAGCCUUUGCUUCCACAAUAAAAACAAGAUAUACUCCUGCAUUAAAAGACAACUUUCUUUGUGAAUAAGAACAAAGUGAUCCUCAAAGGAAGUAACUUCUUUUAAAGCCAUUUCUGUGAACCCAUUUCCAACUAGACUGUAGUGGGUUGAGGAAAUAAUUUGAAAAAAGCAAAAACUUGAUUUCAGGCCCAAAAAGGAUGUGGGCAGAUGGGCAGUUAGCAUUGUACAUCGAUUGCCUUUGAGAAACUGGGCCUUAAUUUAUCUGUAUAUAAUGGCACCACGUUCCUCUCUUCUACCUUAAGUUGUCUGUAUUAGUCUGUAUUAAAAUGUAGCUCAUAAGUAUCGCUUUAUAUUCUGUCCGUUUUUAAGUUGCAUGUUUAUACUGUUUGCCACAGUGUUUCUGAGUUCCAAGUGAAGGCCGUUAGCUGUAUCAAAGAGACACGACCAUCGCUAUUUAUUCUGGUCUUGCUGCUUUACAUUUCCCAGUCAAAGUUUUGGAUGCAAGGACAGUGACUGCUGAAAGCUGCAGAAGCUCUUUCCAACGCAUUAUAUAUAUUUUUAGAAACCAAAUAAAUGCAGAUAACUAUUUAGUAUACUAAUUAUAUUAAACCAGCAGAAAUAUAAAGGCAAUAAAGUAUAUACAUAUAUAUGAGGGGAGGGAAAGAUGAAAAAUAUAGAUUUACAGCCAGACGUGGUAAUCGCCCUAAGUGUAUGUCUUGGUGACUUUCUUCAUUGACCCGGGAGGAUUUGGAGUUGCUGCAGCUUUAAACAAAAAAUUGCCAUGUUCACUAAUUGUGGGCCAUAAGUAUGCUUUUACUGCUUUGCUUAUGUACAAAGAAAAGAUCUGUAAUAUGUAUUAUAUGUAAUUAUUUUCUUUUGACUUUCAUUUCAAAAUGAAUAUUUUCUGAUUAUUAUCAUGAGCUGUAAAGCAAAAGAUCAAUACCUGAUAUUCUCCCAAAUAAUAAAUUUUCAGGAUUCAUUGGG